ACUUCCUCUAAUCACAGCGAGCGAGAGCAAACACGAACAAGAUUCGAAUCAAUUCUCGUCUUUCAAGUGUUGGCAGAGAAUCUAUUGGGCCAGCUAAACAUGGGGAGCUCACGUCAUGAAAAGCGAAAAGAAGCUCGCUUGCAGAAGAACCAGAAAAAACAUGAAUCUUGGCUUCAGCGUCAGAAGUCCGAAAAGGAGAAACGAGCAUCCUCAUCAGCUCAGAAGACUGGUGAGGUGAUCAAGUCUGAAAUUUUCCACCAGAAAAGUGAUAGUGAAACUAAACAUAUGGAAUCAAGUAGUCCUAGCGGAAAAAAAGAUGAUGGAAAGUCUUUUAUACGUAAGAAAGAAGAGUUUAGAGUCAAAUCAAAGGAGAAGAAGAUGCAAAAAGUACAGAGAAUGAAAGAUCUGAAUAGACCAAAGAAGAAGACGAAAUUUGAAGAGUUUCUUGAAAUGGAUACACCAACUGUGAUAUCUGGUGACCAGGAUGCUGAACUUGAGAGGAGGCUCGCAAAGAAACUCAAGGUAAAGAAAGGGAAACUAAGGGGCUUGGAUGAUGGACUGAACGAUUUGUUCGAAGGACUUCCAUCUGUACUUGAUUCAAUGGGAUCUGAACUUGGUGAUUCCCGUAAGAAACGUAAGAAAAAGAGAUCCGAACAAAAACAGGACCAUGAGGAUGUCGAUAAGCUAGCAAAUGAAGAUUUGGAGCGUGAAGAAUCUGAUUUUUCUGAAGAGCCUGCAGGAAAAAGAGACCGUAAACGGCAUAAGAAGAAGAAGUCUCUAGAUGAAGAUCUAGAAAGUGAUCCGAUGAAUAUCACAGAUGAUGGUGAGUCAGAGACUAUUACUUAUCACGAUUCACCGUCACGCUUGGAGAAAGUAGAACCUCCUUUGCACGAGCAUAAGCCAGAGAGCAGCAGCAAGUAUGUUGCUCCUCAUUUGAGAUCUCAGGCCAAAAGUGAAUCUGAAGAACUCACUAAAAUGCGUACACGGAUAAAAGGUCUUCUCAAUAAGAUGGCUGAAUCCAAUGUUGAAACAAUAACUGCAGAACUUGCGUCAAUAUAUCGUUCUGUUGCGAGAAGUGUGUCCUCUCAGAUUUUUUGUGAAGAAGUUUUGACAACUUAUGCGAGAGGCAAUGAACAGUACGCUGUAUUUGCUUCUUUCAUAGCUGGCAUGGCGUGUCUAGUUGGAAUGGAUUUUAGUGCAAAGCUUAUUGCAUCACUUGCUAAAUCUUUUGAGGAUGAAUAUCAGAAAGAAGACAGUCUCUCUUUAAAUGGGAUUUCUCUUUUGCUUUCUUAUCUUUGCAUAUUGGGAGUUUGCUCCAGUGAUCUUAUUUAUGAUUUCCUAAUGACAUUGGGGAAACGGCUGACUAAAGUUGCUGCUUUCACUAUCACAACUGUUUUAGAUUGUUGUGGAAUGAAAAUAAGAAGUGAUGAUCCUCUGGCUAUGAAAACAUUCAUCAUCAGCAUCCAGAGCAAGGCAAAUGAAUUGAAAACCUCCUCCGAUGGCCAGACACAAAUGAGUAACAUGAUGAUGGAAAAGAUGCUUGAAACCAUUUCCGCAAUAAAGAACAACAAGUUGAGAGCUAAAGAGGAUUCCGUCCAGAACACAAGGGUAAAGAAGUGGCUUCAAAAGUUGAGAGUGGAAGAAGUAUUGUUAAGAGGGCUUACAUGGAGCAAGCUGCUUGACCCCGAGAAGAAGGGUCAGUGGUGGCUAUCUGGCGAUUUGGUGGUUGACUCAAACACCGCUGAAGAUGUAGCAGAAACAAUGGAUGCAGAGGUUGUUGAGGCUCAGAAAAUGUUAAAGCUAGCUGAUGCACAGAGGAUGAAUACAGAUUCCAGAAAAGCUAUAUUUUGUGUGAUCAUGAGUAGUGAGGACUACAUUGAUGCAUUCGAGAAACUUCUUAGAUUGGAUUUGCCAGGAAAACAGGACAGAGAGAUCAUGAGGGUUCUAGUUGAAUGCUGUUUACAGGAGAAAGCAUUUAACAAGUACUACACAGUCCUUGCUUCAAAGUUGUGCGAGCACGACAAAAAUCAUAAGUUUACACUGCAGUAUUGCAUUUGGGACCAUUUUAAAGAACUAGAGUCGAUGUCACUUCAGAGAUCGAUGCAUCUGGCGAAAUUUGUGGCAGAGAUAAUUGUGACCUUCAAUCUUUCUCUUGCAGCCUUGAAUCCAGACUAUGAAGGUCUGCGCGAUGGCAUCAAGUUCUUUGUGAAGGAAUAUGUUGUGAAAACUAAUAAGGCAAUCUCUGGGAAAUUCAGGAAAGCGAAAGAAGCUCUUAACAACGCAGAAGGAUUGCUCAUGUGAUUCGGUUAAUUGCCAUCAGUGUGCUAAGACCAACAAUUUUGAAGCUCUUACGAGUUCACUCUGAUUAUGUCAUAGCGUCUUUAUGUUGUACACACUUUCUUCUAACUUAAUUAAAGUUUCUACUUUCU